UCGCCAAGUGAAUAGCUCCGCUAAAACACUGUCGGCCAUGUCUACGGAUGCGGAGGAAACGGCAGCGGUUGGUUUCCAGAUCAUUGCCCUGGCGAAGGACAAACCGGGAGGCAUCAACAAUGACGAUCUGGUUGCAUUGAUUCCGGACGUGAAACCGGAAUACCGGGUGCAGGCGCUGAAUAAGCUUCUGCAGGAGGGAGUGCUGGAAAUUUUGAAGAAAGGAGCAACUCUGAUCUACCGGCUGAAGGAUCCGACGAAGAAGUCAACCGCACCGAAGGAUAUCGACAAUGAGGAGAAGAUUAUUUACAACAUCAUUGAGGAGGGUGGCAACAAGGGCAUUUGGAUAAGGGACAUUAGGGUCAAAUCAAAUCUGAUCAUGACCCAGCUGAACAAGGUGCUGAAGCAGUUGGAACACAAGAAGCUGAUCAAGGCAGUGAAGUCGGUUAAUGCCAGCAAAAAGAAAGUUUAUAUGCUGUACAACCUGGAGCCGGAUCGUUCCAUCACCGGAGGCGCGUGGUAUCAGGAUCAGGAUUUUGAAGCGGAAUUUGUAGACGUGCUCAACCAGCAAUGCUUGCGGUUCCUUCGAAUGAAAAGGGAAUCGGCCAAAGAGUGCCGUGAUGGACCGCUUGCAGUACAGAAACUAUCGUAUUGUUCGGUCGGAGAUGUGCACAAGUUCAUUUCCGAUCUGGGCAUCAGUAAGAUCAGUCUGGACGAGGAUGACCUGGAAACAAUUUUGAAGACAGUCGUUUACGACGGUAAAGCCGAGUCUAUUCCAACGGCCGAAGGGAAAUAUCUAUACAAAGCGGUGGAGGCACCGCUUCCGUCGCCGGGAUUGGUGCAGAUGCCGUGUGGAAUUUGUCCGGUGAUCAGGAAUUGUUCGGACUUCGGAGCAAUCACACCUAAACUGUGUUCGUACAUUAACGAAUGGUUGGAUUAGAAGACUGCUUUAUCAAGUAA